AUGGCUCGUGUCCUCUACGACGGCCUCGUUGAGUACGAGGACGAGACUCCGGCUACGACAUCGCAGAUGGCCAAGGACGUUGUCGAAUUCCUGAACUGGGCCGCCGAGCCUGAGAUGGACGACCGGAAACGCAUGGGUAUCAAGGUUCUCGCCGCGACAGCCGUUCUCUUCUCUAUCAGCAUCUGGGUGAAGCGGUACAAGUGGGCAUGGCUCAAGUCGAGAAAGAUUGUGUACGACCCUCCCAAGGAGACCAAGGUCACCCGCCCUUACAGGUACUAG